AUGAAGUUCACUGGCGUCACCUUUACUAUUGCAGCUUUCGCUGCUGGUGCUGCAUCGCAGUCACUGUCUAGUCUGCCCAGCUGCGCGAUAUCCUGCGCUACCGACUCCAUCCCGAGCGACUGCGGCCUUGAUGUGAAAUGCAUCUGCAGCGCGCAGUCUUUUAUUAGUGGUGUCUCCUGCUGUAUCGCCGACGCUUGCAACGCCGAUGAUCAAAAAACUACAAUCGAAUACGCCGACAAGAUUUGCGCUGGUGUUGGUGUCAGCAACUUGCCCACCUCCGCCGUUUGCUCUUCGACCGCCAGUGCCACUGGUGGCAGCAAGACCUCGUCGGCUGGUGAAAGCCAAACUGCUGCCACUGCCACUGCCUCUACUACGUCGGCUGGUUCCAGCUCAGAGACUUCUACGGCUGCGUCGCCAUCGGGAACCAAUGCUGCUACCUCGUUUACCAAAGCUGACGGCAGUGUCACAGCUGGUGUCAUGGUGGCUGCUGUGUUUGCUGCCAUGUGUCUUGCCUGA